AGCUGAUUUACAAAAAAUAAAUACAAAAAUAUUCUGAUAAAAACAUGAUAAUAAUUUUGAAUUAUUUUGAUGAAUUUUCAAACACGAUUUUCAAGUCAAUUAAUUAAAUCACCCAUGGUCUAGUAUGCUCAUUCUACGUCCAUUAUGAGCGCUGGAUUAACUCCCAACAAGUGUACAGUUUAUGUAUCCAAUCUACCAUUCUCACUGACGAAUAACGAUCUGCACAAAAUUUUCGAAAAAUGCGGCAGAAUCGUCAAAAUCACCAUCAUGAAGAACAAACAGACGAGAGAAAGCAAAGGUGUAGCUUUCGUUUUAUAUCUAAAAGAAGAAGAUGCUCGGAAAUGUGUAGAAUCUUUCAACGAAACUCAGGUCGGUGACAGAACCAUUAAAGUCAGCAUCGCCAACGAUAACGGCCGAAGCAAAGAGUUCAUGAAGAAGAGAACUUACGAAGAUAAAUCAAAAUGUUACGAAUGUAAUGCUGAAGGGCAUUUGAGUUACCAGUGUCCGAUGAAUUCUUUGGGACCUCGUCAGCCGGCCAAAUCCAACAAGAAAAAGAAGAAACCUAAACGAGACAAGCAACCUCAAGUUGAAGAUACGAUGACUGCAUCCGAUAGCGAAGAUGAUCGACAGCUGGAGAAUUCACGUUUGGAAACCUUAGGAGCUGUUAUAAGUCUAGAGGGUGAAAGUAAAUACCCGAGCAACGAUUGGAUGCACGCUGAACAACCAAAGAAGAAACGUAUCAAAAAAAGUUCCUAUUUCAGCGACGAAGAAGAACUCAGUGAAUAAUAAAUCAACGUAUUCGACUCGACAAAUGAUUGUCUAACGUGAUUUACUCGAGUUUAAAUCCCAUCUUUGUUCAGACGUGCGUCAAAACACGACGAUCUAGAAAUCCCUCGUACCUUUCAUUCGCUCCUCAUCGAAGAAAUCUGAAACGAGCCUACCAAAAUCAUCUCGAUCAGUUCGAUGAGAUGAAGUAGAGACGAAAAAAAAAAUCGACAAACGCACCCACACAAUAGAAUAUGUUUAUUAUUAAAUAACAUUUGUCUAAUUUAUUAGUCUAAUACUCGUGUCACUAAGUAUACUUCUUAUAUGAAUAAAUGUUAAAAGAGAAAAGAAAAAAAAAUACAAUUCUUUAUGCUUAAUUUUAUUACAAAUACAUAUCAAUUUACAACGCGAAUAUAUUAUAAAGUUACAGACGUAAAAAUCUUUUUUUUUUUUUAAAUUCUUUGUCGAACUAAGCUUUCUUGUAUACUGUUUGCAAUAUUGCAAAUAAUGCUUUCAUGUACUAUUCGGGACGACGUCGCGUCGCUUUGUUUUAUAUAGCCGGUAAUUCAAGUUAAUUGGCAGUGGUUUACAAAAUACUUUUUUUUUCAAACCGUUCUUUCUCAUCAGUAUGGUCCGUACGUAAGGAUUAAAAUCGAAACAAACGAACAAACGAGUAAAUAAAAAAAAAAAAACAAAAGUCAAACGAUGAAUAAUGGCACAUACACGCAUACGUGUACGUACUCGUAUUAAAGCGACAAAAUUACGUAAUCAUAGGUAAUAAUUUUUACUAUAGGUACUUUUGUAAUUUAUGGCGAAUCGCUACCGAACUAUUCUACAAAAGGUAGCAGCAAUAAAUGUUCGAUCGAAUUCUAAUUUCAUGAUCUUGUUUAGUUCAAUUUACAGCUAACGAAUAGAAGCCUAGUAUGAUCGAGUCAAAUUAGAUGGAAAAAUCAUUCGGAUUGCUUCAUGAUAUAAUCUGGUAGAGUUACUCAAAAAGGAAUGAUAAAGAACCGAACAAAAAAUAUUAUUCGGAGAAAAAUUCCUUCGUUCAAUUGAACUUCGUGAGCUGCCAAUGCAUAUAAAUUUCCAACGUACAAUUCAAUUCACAACAGUUCUAGAAAAUUACUUUCGAGUUCUUUUUCAACACUAACUCUUGAAAAAGUCUCCUCACUUAUCAACGUUGAUAGUACAGGUAGCUUUAGUGGUAAAGAUACAGAUUCUAGUACAAUUUUACAAUAUAUACGAUGAUGUAGAAUUACAGAUAGUUCAAUAAAUGCAUGCAUGUUUCGUGACGGUGUAAAGUAAACUGAAUGUUGGUAUGUAAAGCAAAAUAAAAGUAGCUAUGAAUGUACUUAUACGAGUAGAUGGUAA